UGAUUUUUUUUUUCCUAUAAAAAAAGAUAUAAAAAGGAGGAGUCUCAGGACAAGUCCUUCAAUUUUUAUCUCUCGAUUGCAUUUUCUUUCUCUCUAUUAUCUUUUCUUUAUCAAUAAAUCAAAUCGCAUUCACUUUUUCCAACAUGACGACUUUUCUGGGAAUGACUGACGAUGCGGCAAAGGCAUGGCUUCUAAAUGAUCUGAAUACAGAUGACUGGAACAGCGUCACCAUUGCUGGAAGUCUCAGUGAAGACAUCCUAACUAUAGCUGUCGAUUUGUAUGCUCAACUUCCCUUCACCGUCAAGAAAGGUCUAUUGUUUUCCAUCUUAUCUAUCAAACCAGGGGAUGAGUAUCAAUUUGGAACGAGUAUCCAGCAGGUAUGAAAUCAAAAAUGGUUUAGGUUUCCCAGACACUCCUCUUUAUCAACGCGUAUGUGAGAACGUGCGUAUUGAAGUAUGUCCAGCAAUGAAAAAAGGGACCCAGAACGAACUAGUUGCCAGCUUUUUUUUUUUAAUGAAAACUUAAAACCAGUGGAGGGGCCGUUUAUCGAAAAGAUUCAUUUGGGU